GUUUAGCUAGUGUCGUUUUUUUCACAGUUAAAGUAGUUAAAAGUGACUUUUUCCUUUACAUGUUUAGAACAACUACAGCUUUAAUCCAAGUGUUAAUAAAACUCUUUGAAAAUGCCAAUGCCGAACAACACCACCGCAGCAUCUACGAGAAAACAGAAGGGAGCUGGUGCCAAGUCAACAAAAGCUGCAAGUAGGAAAAAGGAUGAGGAGGAGGGUGUGGAGAUGGUUGAUGGUUUGGAUGAAGCACCUGUGAAACCUAAAGAUCAGCUGGAACUGAGUGAAGCUGAGUUAAAGGAGGAAAUCACACGGAUCCUCACGGCAAACAACCCAUUUGCCCCCCAGAACAUCGUCCGCUACAGUUUCAAGGAGCGUUCGUACAAGUCGACCAGUGUGGUGGAUCAGAUGGCUGUUCAUUUUGUCCUGGAGGGAAACCUCCUGCAUCAGGACUCUGAUGAGGCGCGUAGACUCCGGGCCAAGGAGGGGCUCUUUGAAGAGACGACAGUGGUGGAUGCUGAAGCAGAACCUGAGGAGGAGGAACCAGAAACCCCGGCCACUCCAGUAGAGGACGGAGGGGACAUGGAGGAAACAGGAGAGGACGACAGACCGGACAGUGUCGCCUCCAAAACCGACAAGAAGGAACCCAAACUGACCAACCAGUUCAACUUCAGUGAGAGAGCCUCUCAGACGCUCAAUAAUUCACUGAGGGACAGAUGCUGCCAAACUGAACCUCCGCCUCGUGUUACCUUCUCGGAUACUGCUAAUCAGUGGAAGACCUAUGACAUGUAUGAGAUGGAGACGGAGAAGCAAGAAAAAAAUAAAGACAAACAGAACGCCACACCAAAGAAGGAGAACGACAACAGCAAGAAGAAGAUGAUGCUGAUAGAGACUCAGAGUGACACCAUCACUAAAGUGUUAAAACCGGCCAAGAUCUUGGAACGAAUGUGCAACCAGAACAUAUGUGAUGACAUAGCACAAGACUUCAAAUACUUUGAGGAUGUGUCGGAUGAGUUCAGGGACCAGAAGGGGACUCUCCUUCCACUGUGGAAGUUCCACUAUGAAAAAGCCAAACUGUCUGUCACUGCCCUCUGCUGGAACAAGAAAUAUCAAGACCUGUUUGCUGUAGGAAUGGGAUCAUAUGACUUCAGUAAACAGGGCCAUGGUAUGCUUGUGUUCUACUCUCUGAAGAACUCGGCCUUCCCAGAGUACAUCUAUCCCACCAGCUCUGGCAUCUUGUGCCUGGACAUCCAUGAGCUCCAUUCCCACCUGGUGGCUGUGGGCUUCUACGACGGCUGUGUGGCCGUCUACAACCUGAAGGAGGAGGGGCAAGAACCUGUCUAUAAGAGCACAGCCAAGACUGGGAAACACACCGAUCCUGUCUGGCAGGUGCAGUGGCAAAAUGAUGACAUGGACAACAACCACAAUUUCUAUUCUGUUUCCUCUGAUGGCCGAGUCGUGUCCUGGACCCUGGUUAAGAAUGAGCUGGUUUUCACAGAUAUUAUCAGACUGUCACUGAAUGGAGCUGUUUCUGAGGGUCCAGAGGCUGUGCAUGAACCCAUCGUAGUGGGCGGGACAUCCUUUGACUUCCACAAACACAUCGACUAUCUCUUCCUAGUUGGCACCGAGGUGGGGCAAAUAUACAAGUGUUCAAAGGCCUACUCCACCCAGUUCCUGGAGACCUAUGAGGCCCACAGCAUGGCCGUGGACGCUGUGAAGUGGAACCACUUCCAUCCAAAGGUUUUCAUCUCAUGCAGUUCAGAUUGGACCAUCAAGAUCUGGGAUCAUACCAUCAAUUCUCCCAUGUUCACCUUUGACCUGAAUUCAGCUGUUGGAGACUUUGCUUGGUCACCGUAUUCUUCGACUGUGUUCGCUGCUGUCACCACAGACAGAACAGUUCAUGUGUUCGAUCUGAGCGUCAACAAAGACCAGGCUCUGUGUCAGCAGACGGUGGUGUCCAAGAAGAAGACCAAGCUGACUCACAUCGACUUUAACCCCGUCUAUCCCAUCAUCAUCGUGGGUGAUGAUCAAAGCUGUGUCACCAGCCUCAAACUCUCCCCUAACCUUCGCAGGACUCCCAAAGGGAAGAAGCGCCAGGAGCUGCCCAAGGGUCCAGAGACAGAGGUGGCCAAGAUGGAGCAGCUGCUGCGACUGCUGAGGGAACCAGAUCCAACCACUGUUUAAGACUGCUGAGGGAACCAGAUCCAACCACUGUUUAAGACUGCUGAGGGAACCA